AUGAAGCUGAAAUCAGAGACUUCCUUAUCCAGCAUGCUGCAGAAUUGGACCUUCAUCCUGUCUGGCAUAAAGGUUGGACGGACGCGUUUAGCUGACCGGCCAAUCCCCGAAACCACAUCAAAGCCUGUUAUCCGUCCUGCUAAACGCCAAGCGCGACAGACGAUUAUCCAACAGCGUCUUCAGGCAGGCUGGACAUUCCAACCAAAUCAGAAGGCUGCAGAGGCCCGCAUAUGGUGUCGUCCAGGUGAGCAGCGCGAACCUUCUCAAGAGCUGCCGACUUUAGGGGGAAAUUCAGGUACAAAGACAUCGAAGCACCUCAUAAGCAGCCCUCUUAGUUUUGCUCCAGUUUCUCCUCGCCGACGUCGGACUGGCGACUAUAUGCCUAAUCUGGGCUCUUCAUUUGCGUGUUCAUUAGUUUUCGACGAACACAGCUCCUCGCUAGUCAAGUCUAUCCCCCCUAAUGCCCUCUCUGAAUUAAGAUCAGAUGAUAAGUUCAUGGGUAUUGUAGGGGAUUCUCAGAUUGAUAACUCUGAUGAGGUUAGCGACAGCAAUAUCGCCGAUAAUGAUGACGAGAUUGGUAACAUUGACCUCGGCCUUGUUGAUAUCACCAGCAAACCCAAUGAGGAUGACGAUGAAGAGGAGCCAAAAGAGGGACACCUUCAUAUUCGAUUACAGACCGGUUGCCAUGCCUAUGGCGACCUGCAGGACGAUGAACAGGAGCAACCAAUUGACGAAAUCACCAUGCAUUCUAAUACAUCUACAACGUCGGGUGUAAGUAGAUACGCUGCUUAA